ACCGACUUCUCUCUUUGACAUUUCUUAGGCUUUACCCAUUUCUAAUCUCCAACUUCCAACUCCCCCAAUCACACUCCGAUCACUCGCCCCCAGAUUCUGGCCCCAAAAAAAUCGUAAUUCCUAGGGUUUUGCUACUAGUCAUCUCCCCAAUUCGGAGCUCUGGGGUUUUGUUGACCGGCGACUGAGUUUCCAGAUGGAGAUAAUCGGCGACGCGCUUCGCCAGGCGUUCAUGCCCAAGCGCGAGUACGAGUGCCUCCGGGAAGAAGACCGCGCGUGGGGGAAGCUCCAGAGGCCGAUGCUCAUGGCGUCCGUGGCUUUCAUCUGCCUUGCGAUCUUCGUCUGCUCGAUUAUCAGCUUGAACAUUGUGUUUCCCGCCGACGCAUCCAAGCGGCCGUUCUGCGGUGACCGGAGGCUGAAUUCGCUGCCGAUGAAUGUGAGAGGCGGCGACUCCGAUUCGUUUAGCGGCGCGUUUGAUCUGACGGACCAGGAGGUUGUGGAUUACUAUUGGAUGGUGGUGUUCCUUCCCUCCAUGAUCAUUUUCUUGGCCACGGUGGUUUAUCUGGUUGCCGGAAUCACUGUCGCUUAUUCUGCCCCAGCAAGGAAUGGAUGCUUAAUGGUAGUUGAAAAUAACUACUGCGCUUCAAAAAGAGGUGGGGUUCGAUGUCUAUCAAUUCUGAAUGCUGUCUUUGCUAUCAUAUUUGGUCUUCUUGCCUUGUUUCUUGGUACAACCCUCCUGACAUUAGGAGGUAGCUACUGCUCUGUGCCUUUAUUUUGGUGCUAUGAGACUGGCACUUGGGGGCUUGCUAUUCUCUAUGGAGGGACUGCCUUCUUCCUGAGAAGGAGAGCAGCUGUAAUCCUUGAUGAAGGGGAAUAUGGUGGCCGAAACUUGGGGCUUGAAAUGUUGGAGAGUCCGGUGGAAGUGACACCAGACGUGGAAAGGCGGGUUGAUGAAGGGUUUAAAACAUGGAUGGGCUCCUCACUCCUAUCAUCCGAUGAAGAUGAACCUGACAAUUAUUAGGAACUUCCUGGUGCUACUUCACCAACUCUAACAGGCGAAUGGUUUGACAUUUGAAGGAAGCCUUUGGAACCAAAGCUUUCCGGCAAAAUUUUCCACACUUACAGAAGAGGAUUAGUAUUGAGACUUUGGCUGAUCGAAUCUUCCUGCUUGAAAAUGAUUCAACAGAUGAUGUAACAUGAGGGAAUGCUAGAGUCAGGAUGUCCAUUUUGUAAUCUGUCCGCUACACAUGUGCGUUCUUCGCCAAUCGACAAUAGCCUGUGAAUAUCAAACCAGUCUGAAAGUGAAAACCAAUCCGUUCGUUUCUGAAUCUCUGCUCUGGCUUUCCGAAUUCACACACUUGGUCUAAAGUUGACAGCACAGGUUUUGUUUGUUUGAGUUAUGGAGAAGGUUAUCUCAUAAAUGGAAUACAAAUCAUAUACUGUAU